AUGGGGGAUGUGGAUGCAGAAGGGGAGCAACUACCUAAAAGUGGUCCUGAAAAUAUGUCUGAAAAAGAAAUUAAAUCUACAACACCAUCAGAUGCGAACGUAACAGUUAAGGAACUCAAAGUGGAAGCCAGUGCUGACAAAAUCAUGGAAGGCCACGCAGUCGAGUCUCCUGAACUGGAAUACACGAAUUCGUACAUAUUUUCGGUCAACGGAGCACCAUCGAGGAGGAUCAGGCGUGCCGUGGUGACGGAAAGCAAAGAAGGCUCGAUUAAUAGUGAGAGCGUGGUGCAGAGGCCGCAGAGUAGCUACAGAAACCCUCUGACGGGAACUGGAGUCAACUCCACCGAUGAGAUUAGCUACAGGCCUAAGGGAAGGAUAAGUGCUAGACAAGCUAAAUCUCCUGAAAAUUCGCCAGUUGCAUCAAAUUCAGAACUAAAACGACCUAGCAGCAGUUUUAGAAACCCAUUGACUGGCACAGGUUUGAAUUCUAUUGACGAAAUAAAUCCUAGACCUAGUAACAUGAAAGAUGGUAAUCCACUUUUGGGAGUAGGAUACGAUUCAAAACGCGUUAUUACAGAUCCAGUUCCUAGCGAUAAAAUACAUCCAGCUGGAUAUGUUCGCAAAGGAGUUGCCCAGACACCGAACAAUCACAGAGUGCCACCUGGUGGAUACUCUACUAAGCUUUGGUAGGUAA